AUGAAGUCGGCCCGUCUCGCUCGUCCGGCAUUCCGGUCUCUUCAGCGGACUUGUACUGCUACUCCGUUGACAAGAACGUUGCUCCCAGCGUGUACUGCCCGUCAUGCAUCGACGAAGCAUACUCCGAAUUUCAAGAUGCCAACUUCUGAAGAUCUGGCUGAGUUGAGGGAGAGAGUACAGGAAUUUGCUAGACGGGAGAUUCCCGAAGAAGUGGCAGCGAGGACGGAUAGAGAGAAUGAAUUUCCCAAUGAUAUGUGGCCCAAGUUGGGAGAGGCUGGAUUACUAGGAAUAACCGCAGAAGAAGAAUACGGCGGUCUAGAACUCGGCUACCAAGCCCACUGUAUAGUCCUCGAAGAACUCUCAAGAGCAUCCGGUUCCAUCGGUCUCUCCUAUGCCGCCCACUCCCAACUCUGCGUCAACCAGCUUUCCCUCCACGGAACACCUGAUCAAAAAGCUAGAUACCUGCCGGGUUUAAUAGCCGGUACUAAAAUUGGUGCUCUGGCUAUGUCCGAACAUUCCGCCGGAUCCGAUGUGGUUUCUAUGAAAACUACUGCUAAAAAGGUCGAUGGGGGUUGGUUACUCAACGGUACGAAGAUGUGGAUUACAAACGGUCCUGACGCGGACUUUGUGGUCGUUUAUGCAAAGAGUGAACCCAAUGCUGGGAGCAAAGGUAUCACGGCCAUGGUGGUCGAAAAGCCAUUCAAGGGAUUCUCCUGUGCUAGGAAGCUAGAUAAAUUCGGUAUGAGGGGCUCCAAUACCGGAGAGCUCAUCUUCGAAGACGUCUUCGUCCCGGAAGAAAACCAAUUGGGUCCCACCAACGGUGGUGUAAAAGUCCUGAUGUCCGGAUUGGAUUUAGAAAGAUUGGUCCUCUCCGCAGGUCCGAUUGGUAUCAUGCAGGCUGCUAUGGAUUUGGUUCUUCCAUACACACAUACUAGAAAACAAUUUGGAACCCCCAUUGCGGAGUUUCAAUUGAUGCAAGGGAAGUUGGCGGAUAUGUAUACUAAACUUGCGACUUCGAGGGCUUAUACUUAUGCUACUGCGAGGACGGUGGAUGAGGGAACUAUUGAGACGAGGGACUGUGCCGGUGCGAUUUUGUACGCGGCUGAGAGAGCUACUGAGGUGGCGUUGGAUGCUGUGCAGUGUUUGGGAGGAAAUGGGUAUAUUAAUGAACUCAGCGCGGGGAGAUUGGUGAGGGAUGCGAAGCUUUAUGAGAUUGGAGCGGGGACUAGUGAGGUUAGGAGGAUGGUCAUCGGGAGGGCAUUUAAUAAGGAGUAUGCGCAGAGGUAG